CGUCAAGGUAAAGUAUGUUGUGAACUUAGUAACGAACAAGCGGUUGAGUUGCCGGCUGUCGCCGUCACAUGCAGCCAGUUAUCCCGUCGACGUUAGGCGGUGCGUCGUUUAUACGUAAGACGUGUCGUUCAAACCGCUGUUUCGUCUUUGUUUUCCUCUAUCGCCUUCUUAUUCUACUCAUAAUCAGCUGGAAUCGAGCAACAGAAAUUUGGUUAUCGUCAUGACAUGUAUCGGUACGCGUUGGCAGUGGCGUAGUUGCGGUCGAAACAGAACGGAGCAAAGCCGUGUAGGCGCAUCGUUAUGAAAGGGACCAGUCGUCCAUGAACACAAACGGAACGUACUAUCUUGACGUUACACAUGUUGCAUUGAAAGGAUCGGUGAACUCUGGUUGCUGAACGUGCAUAUAGUUAAACAACGUCAUCGAAAGUUAUUAAUUGUUGGAAAGCGUUGUGCGCGGAGUAAAAUGAGGUAAGAGGUAAUAGAAAAAUUUACUCUGCUAACCAAUACGAAAUAGAUUCGGGGAAUAAAAGGUGGACGCAUCGUUCGAGGGUCGUGUUUGCUCGUGUUGUGUUGUCAAAACUACAUAUGGGUGCGCGUAAGGAACGAGGAAAUUCAAUGUAUCGGUGAAAAUUGGGGAGGAUCGCUGGUAGUACGUAGUGACAAAGAGGGUGCUUUGGUGUCAAUAACUGUGAAUAGCAGGGCGAUCCUCCUAUCACUCCUAUCGUUGUUCCGGUGGAAGGUGGAAGAAAAAGAGAAAGAGAGAGGGAGAGAGAGGAGUACGUUCGAUUGGUAUACCUUCGUUGGCACAGCGUGCCGGCGUUUUGGAGUACUCGUAGCCGUGGACGCGGCUACGUAGCUAUCCUAUACCUACCCUAUAAACCGCGCGAGGGAACCUAGUACGUGAAUGUGUUGGAAGCGGUGGCCACGUCUUCGUCGUCGUCGUCGUCGUUGUGAUCGCCGUGAAAACGGUGUUACACCGCGGGAAUUGCCGAAAACACAUCAUCGAUGGCCCGCGCGAUUUUUCCGCGCACUUGGUAUCCGUGAUCGCGGCACGGCGAGAACCUCGUCAAGGAUGCCGCGGAUACCGUUUAUUAGAUAUCCACGAAGGAUGGCGGGCUUUGAGAUCGUCGCUCGGAUCGAUAGGUACGAAAGGAUCGAAUAAUCACGGAGGAAACAAGAGAAAGAGACAGACAGAUAGAGAGAGGGAGAGAGAGAGAGAAAGAAAAAAGACAAAGUGGUGAGGUGAGUCAGGAGACCUUUCCCUAUCCGGAGGUUAGGCCUCCGAGUAUCAAGGAUCCUUAUUCGAAGAUGAACUCCAUGAUAUAUACCUUGUACGGCUUCGCUAUAUUUUUCAUGAUAUUCUGGUCGGUAAUGUGGAUCGUUCAUGUACUGGCACUGAUAGCCGGUCACUGGAAGCUGCACCGUAAAGUCACUCAAGUACCAACCUACGAAACGCCCCUACCCGGUGUGUCGAUCAUAAAGCCCCUUAUGGGCGUUGAUCCGAAUUUGUUCAGCAAUUUAGAGACAUUCUUUACGAUGCAAUAUCCCCGUUACGAGUUACUGUUCUGCGUGGAAGACGACUCGGAUCCGGUGUUGAUGUUAGUACGUAAACUGAUCGAAAAGUAUCCAGAGGUGGAUGCGAGACUUUUCAUCGGCGGUUGCAACGUGGGCGUGAAUCCAAAGAUCAACAAUAUGCAACCAGCGUACGAGGCGGCUAAACAUGAGUAUGUACUGAUUAGUGACAGUGGUAUCAAGAUGAAGGAGGACACGCUGUUGGACAUGGUUAAUUACAUGACCGACAAUGUUGCGUUAGUGCAUCAGAUGCCGUUUACCUGUGAUCGCGAAGGUUUUGCCGCGGCAUACGAGAAAAUCUUCUUCGGUACUGUACAGUCGCGUAUGUACCUAGCCGCUGAUUUACUUAGGAUCAAUUGUCACACAGGGAUGUCAGCGUUGCUGAGGAAAGCGCCCCUCGAUGAGGUCGGCGGUUUAAAGACGUUCGGUGUGUAUUUAGCCGAAGAUUUUUUCUACGCAAAGUCAUUGACCGACCGUGGUUGGCGAAUCACUGUGUCCUCGCAGCCGGCGUUGCAGAAUAGCGGUCACUGCGAGUUGCAUUCGUUCCAGGCGAGAUUACGGAGGUGGGCGAAGCUCAGGGUAGCUAUGUUGCCUACCACGAUCGUUCUCGAACCGCUUAGCGAGUGUUUAGUGUUAGGUGCCUGUGCUUCCUGGGCGGCCAGCGUACUCUUCGAGUGGGACUCUCUUGUUUUCUAUUUGGUACACAUACUAUUGUGGUUCAUGUUUGACUGGACGCUAUUGAGCGUCGUCCAGAAUGGUCCGUUGCCGUUCAACAAGUUAGAAUUCGUAUGCGGAUGGUUACUCAGCGAGAUCACAAGGCCUUAUCUUUUCCUUCAGGCAGUUCUAGAUCCUCUGAUACAGUGGCGGUCGCGUGUCUACAAACUCAGGUGGGGUGGAGUCGCGGAAGAGGUUAAGGCAAAAGUCAAAUAUUAAAUUGCACUAUGAAACCAGCGGUUUUACUUUUUCCUCCUUUUUUUUUUUUCGUUUUUUUCCUUUACUUCUGUCUCUUCCUCUUUCUUUGAUACGUACGCAGGGUAUUCCAGUUUUCUUCGACCAAAUCUUGUCAGGAUAUUCUAUGAUCAUAGGUAAAUACAAAGAGAAUGAUACCAAUCUUACGAUUACUAUGCUAUAAGACGAAAAUAGAUUCGCCAUCAAUAUACAAUGCAAAGUUCAUUUUCACUAUAUUAUUUACUCGAUGUAUAUACAUAACUUUUUUUUCAAAGUUACCUAGAUAUAAAAGUUUAGGGCGAUUUCAUCGGAGGCCUAACCAUCGUUCUCUUCGUAUUUCUCUUUUGUUAUAACUUUUUAAUAAAGCUUUGAACAAUUAUAUUAUAAAAUCGGUAUACGUUUACACAAAGUCUUUUCCUUAUUUAUACCCGUAAAACAUCCUGAAAAUAUUUAGCCCGAAAAGACUGGUACAUCCUAUAUACACGUAGGGAUUAAUAUGCACACAUUGAGCUAGAAGCGUGGAUGUUUUGUAAUAUCCGAUAUAUUAUACUAUUACGCAUGUAGUUCUUAUUAUACUUGAAUUGCGUUAUACCGUGGAAAAAAUAUACGCCGUAUAUACACGAUAUUUACUAAAUAGGGAUGUCUACGCAUCGUGUGUACAUGUACACGUAUAUACGUAUGUGAUUCGCUUACGUAAAACAAUAAUCGCGACACGCAUGUAUGCACGUGUGCCAUCAUUUUUCAACUAUUCAGCAUAUCAUCUCCGCCAGCUCGUUGGUACGCUCAUUUCAUGUGCAAUGUUUACAGAAAAAGGAAGAAAGGUAUAAUAUAAAAAAAGAAGCAUCUAUGAUAGGUUAUAUUAGAAAGAGAAAACACGUAGUAAAUAAUCGAUGUAUAUGUAGCUUUUCCUCUUUUUUCUUUUUUUUUUUUUUUAAUCCUCGUCCGGAACGAGGUCGCCUUAAGUCGUUAUUGUAGUAUAUUCGGCGCGAAAUUAUUCAUACGUUUUAAGGGAACGAUUCCUGUAAAAAGCCAUGGUUGCGCUGGCUUCGCGAUCAAUUUAACAUCUUAUCGACGUAGUUGAUGAUUUAUUCUCGAAAUAUCUUUCACGCGUUGUUGUAACUAAUUGGUAAGGUUAAUGUUGUUUUGAUUUUUAAGUAAAUAUUUAUUUUUAACAUUAAAAAGUAUUUAACAAAGGAUUAUAUGAUUAAGCGAAGCAUUCGGCUAUGGAAAAAGAAUUUUUUACGGGUUUGAUGAUAAUAAUAAUUCGCUGCUAGUACUAUAGUGUUUCUUUCCGACGUCUCCGUGUCGGUAAACUGGGAAGAAGUAGAAUCAAAUAAAAAUAUACAUACGUUUAGCAGAAACGAUUAAUUAACGCGUUAUAGACGGUGCAUAUGUAAUAAUUGUACAUAACAAAGAAGCACAUUUUUGGGUAUCAAAGUGCUUAACCGUAUCUUAUAUUCUUUUCCCUUUUUUCUUUUCUUUUUAAAUUAUAAUCUUUUGCUGAACUUUUUGUUUUAUUACGCAAGAUAUUAAUUCUAACAAAAUUUCGAUAAAUCGCUAGAAUGGAAUAAAUGCGAUUAUGUAAAUGUUCAUUUAUUUGAUAUGUACCUUUUUUCGUUUCAUUCGUUUAAUACGCAACGCGUAUACGUACAUGCAUAUUUUCAAUUAGAACUAAUUGUUAUUGUAAAAAUCGUACUCGUGAAAGCAAGUAUCUUCGCGUCGAGUAAUCGAAACAAAUUGAUUGUGUUACGUAAUGUUCAACGUACUGACACGAUUUUGCUUUCUAUUGAUGCGUAUUUCUUUCUUCAACGUCUAGUAAAGUUUGAAUUCAAUUUCAUCUGUCCGUGCUAUUAUCGAAACACGUUCAUAUUUCGAACAAAAGAUAUCGGACGGUUAAUUACGGUAUCUCCCCCCAAAAUAAGAAGAUUAAAAAGUAUUAAUAGCUAUUAAGAAGAUUAUCAAGUAUUCAAAAUAAAUUCGGAUUUAUCUAAAUCUAAAUACUUGUCUGCUUCUCGCAAGGUGUCGAGAAAAAAGAAAUCGCACCAUGUCGCUUAAUUGUAUUUUUCUACGAAAGAAUUAAUGUUUUCUACGCGGUACUUGUCUCGCUUAAUCGCUUAUUAAGACUAAUUAAGGGCAUCUGGACGAUGCAUCUUUGGUGAUUAACUUUUCUUUGAAAGUUUCCUACAAAAUUUAAUCCCUUGUAAUUAACUAAUCCUUAAUGCUCAAAAUUAUCGCCAACCACGAUAAUGAUUUAGAUUUUAGUUAGAUCGAUCGAACGUUAUUAUAUAAAGAGAAAAACGCUCGUGUAGUUUGUAGAUUAUCGAAUGACAGGCAUCCCAAAAGUUGUGUCGUUUCUUGACGCUAACCUUAAGCUUAUAAUAAUAAUAUUUACGUUGGUAAUUAUUUUCAAGUGCUGCAACUUCACCGAUUUCGAUGAUUUUUUAAUAUGUUGUACAAAUUAACAUUUUCAACAACCUUUUCCUACCGCAUAACCUUAAUUGUCCGAGAUUCACAAAAAUGUGUCGGUACCAGUGAACUCUGCCUAUAAUCGUGCGUUCGUGAUAGCUUAUGCGUUAACAUUGGUAAAAUGAUGCUUAACUGAAUCUAUAUAUGCUAUAAACAAACGAUAAGAAUUAGCUUUGGGCCAGGUGCUACUUUAUUCGGCCACAAUGAGACAGUCGUCAACCAAUACCAGCGUUGUCACGGAUGCACAAUACAGGCAGAAUUCAAUGUAGCUGUACCGGCAGCGUUUUGCGGAUAUCUUGGAAACUAAGGUCAGCCGAGGAUUAUAUGUUUAGGAAAACAUUGUUCAAAAUGUUGAUUUCUACAACAUAUUUAAAAAUCAUCGAAAUCGAUGAGGUGGCAGUACUUGUAAAUAAUAACAAUACUCUCUUACGUUUAUUCUUGCUGGUAGAUCGGAUCGUGUUUUAUGGAGAAGUUGAAAAUUUACCUUUGAUAUUCUCCUACGCUUAAACGCGUUCUCCAUACACGUUACGAAUAUCGUCAGCGGCAUGUUUAACUAUAUUGCCUCUUUAAAAUGAAUACGGCAUGCAAUUUCGAAACUGAAUUGCAUUCAUACUUGUUGUUUCUCGCUUUUUUUUUUAAAUAAAACAUAUCCCUCCUAAUUGCUACGGAUACAUUUUGUAGAUUGACGACGACAGUAUCUUGUAAAGCAUAGAAAAAAAGUUUCUAUAAAUAUAUCGCAUAAACAAGAUACGGACAUAUAAAAUUCGAUAAGAAACAGCACGAUUUACGGGAUGACCUAGGGCGAUACUUUUAUUUAGUAGAUUCAAAAUACUUAAUAUCGAUUCUUAUCCCUGCCGGUACAAAGUCAUACGUUUCUCGUGCCUGCAAUCCUAACAAUAAGUAAGAUGACGCUAGCCAUCCUCGCAUCUAGAAUGGCGUCGUAGAACUAAACACUGGUUAACAUAACGUUCGUGUACGUUCUCAUAUGGCACGCGUUCGAUCGAUUUCGUUGAUUAGUUAAGAUCAGAAAGGUUAAUAGUGUUUGUCGAAUCUAGUCUUGAGUGUAGUUCGCUGUGGAAGCUUCGACAAUUGUACAUCUUACAUAUUAUCCUUUCAAAUACGAGUGUUCCUUGCUUUUUCUACAUUCCAUAUUCAUCGUGUGUGUGUGUGUGUAUGCAUUUUUACGCGUGUGACGGUCGCCAUCCUUAUAACGUUUCGAAUGAAACUAUCGACUCUUUGUUCUCUGUCUUGCGAACCAAUUAGUACAAACUAAAUAUGUUUGUAACCAGUGUUAAUUAUACUCUUCUAUUGUUCCGCGCGUUUUAAUUACUCGUGCAGCGCAAUCUAUAUCUAAAACUAUACCGCUUGAUUAGAAAAUGCACAACAACAUUAUUACACCAAGGUCCACUGUUAUUAAGAUUUUCCUGUGUUCCGCGAGCACGUCACCGGGUAACAAUGAAAAAAAAUCUAUCGGGCAGGGUCAUCUAUACUCUGUGUUCAAUGGAAGCAGUAGAGGUAAACAGACGCACGUGAAUAAGACAGAAGCGUAUUCAUAACUUUCAGUUACAAUGAAAAAGAAUAUCGAUGUAUUAUUCCUUAUACAUUUAAGUAUCUGAUACAACAAAAUCUUUUUGUUUACGCAAAAUUUUUGAAAUCGAGUCUUGUCCGGGUUUUUGUGCAAGCACCAUACGAGAGGAGUAACGAUAAUAUAAAUAUAGAAAAGCGAUAGAUCCGUGUUAUCUGGCUGUUAUCUGGUUCGAUGGGAAGCGGGGUUUUAGCAAGUUUUCUACACAACGAGCGGUGCUGCGGUGCUUAACGACAAAAGUGAAUCUAAGGCUUUUGAACCCUGACACUUUCAUCAGUGAAGUGGUCAAUUAAUUGUGAUAUUUAUAUCGUACCCGUUCCACUAUACAACCAAUAACUGUUUAACCCUUGCCUCGUCAGGCUUCAACGAAAUAGUGUGCGUGCGUUUAAUUAAUAGCAAUUGUAACCGUACGAUUUCGAAUGGUUGGGAGCUAUUGUGAUUUUUCAAUCGUAAUAGUUUGUAAUUGAAGGUCAUUGAUCGUGUUUAUAUCCGACUUAUAUUCAAGGUUUACAUCCUAAUUUCUUAUUUGCUAUAGGCCAUUAGUUUUCAGCAUUUUCCUCCUAAGUGAAAUAACGACGAGUUUACGAAUGUUUCUAAAUCGAUAAUUCUAAUUUUUUAAUUUUUAUAACGAUAGAAUUUCAGCAAAUAAUAGCAAAUAAAUACAUUGUUAUCAAAUCUCUAAAUUAUUUACUUUAUUUUUGUAUUUCGGGUACUUUUAAUUCUAUUACCGUCAUAUAAUAUAUUACCUAUCAUUAUCUUAUCAUUAUAUCAUAUAAUUCUAUUGCCAUCAUAUAAUAUAAAACGGAUUAUAUCCGUCAAUUCGAAAACAUUCGAUGGAACUCUCUUCGGCCAAACAUAGUUCUGAUCAACGAACAGUAACUGUUUUUAUUUAAACAAUGAAUUCUUAUUUCGUAACUUUUCUGUCGUCGAUAUUUCGUUUCCAAAUCGUCUUCGUUCGAUAGUUCUUUUACUCGACUUCUCGCUCGUUCUUUUCUCGCUUCAUUAGCGACAAAGGAAAAAAAGCGACAUUUUUUGUGAUUUUGCUAAAAUCGAUAACUCGCAUUAAAAUUGAACACUGUUUACGUACGAAGAACGCUUCGAUUCGCGGAACUAAAGGUCAUUUGUGUAGGUUAGAGUUUUUUCCACGAAUUGCCACGAGUACACUCUUUUUUUAUGCCGAUGCAACACGGAAUAUUGGCCGCCCUCUAUCUUAUCGUGAUUUAUCGAAAGUCAAACGAUUAUUUCACCUUACUCGUCGAUGUUUCCGUUUAUCAGGGUUUGAAGUCUUCGAUAUCGAACGUAAUCAUCUUUAAUCUAUAAAAUUGAUAUGUUCUAUGUGUAGAAUUAGAAAAAGGCAGGAAAGACAAGGGAGGAACUAAAAAUAUAACAAAGAAGUUAUCGUCCAGUUUGAAUGAAUGAAGAAACCGGAACGACAUUGGAGGCAAUCUCGCGACAGAGAUCCUUCAAAACUUGUUUUGCUCAGAGAGGAAUUCCUUUUAAAAUCUAUCGUAUAAUAAUUUUGAAUGCGAUUAAAAUUUAGUUGAAUCCACGUCGAUAUAUUUUAUCGGAAAAGACGUAAGAAGUGAUGUCGCUUUUCUUAACCGAAAGGUGCAGUAGCUUAACACGAAAGGGACCUCCGUGUUAAUGAUUAGAUCGAAUUAUCAUCGAGGGUAUCCAGAGAAUUUUGAAUAUUCUUCAUAAUGUAAUGACGUCAAAACGGUUUUACGAAUUUGGUCAUUCAAAAUUAUUGCUUCUAGCGACUCACGAUCAGUCUUGAUUUCAAACAUGAUUUGUGGCUACAGCGUAUCACGUACAUCAUGGACAACGAUGUUUGUUUUAUAUAUAUUUUUUUUUUUUUAUUGUCUUUCAAAUAGAAACCUCUUAAUGCAUAUAAUCCUGAUAAAAUUUAUUUAGUAGGAAAUACAAACACAUUUAAAGAAUACACCCUUGCUUACUUACAGGAUAGUUGUUGAAGAAAAUUGUCGUAACUUUACGUAAAGUAUUAUCGAAACAGUUACGUUACGCUAACUUAGCUUUGUGGUUUUGUACUUUUUCCAAGACACGUAAUCUAUAUUCCAAUGUGCUGAUAAGAUUAAAACGACACGAUCAAUAAAAAUGAAACUGCUGCUGUCUCCAUGUACAGGCAGUGCGAGACUGACUCGUGAGGCUGCCUCGGGACGAACCAACGAUUGCUGGGUUCUUGGCGAGAUCAAAGGUACCUCGCAGCUCCUUCGUUUGGAUACGUAUAUCGACGAAAUGGAUCAAGACAACUUUGUCGGAAGCGUAACCGUUGCUCACCUUGCCUCGCGUAAUUAUGUCGCGUACUCUAUGUUACGACAAGAGGCAGGCUCACGGGUAAACCUCGCACUGACUGUACAUAACGUUAGACACAAAAUCGCUUGAAAUAGAGCGUCUUCUGCUCAACGUCGCUUUAUUUUAACGUGCAAUUCGAAUCAGGCGUUUCAAGACUUUCGAGGAUUCCUUUCAUCCUAGAAGUUCGUCCAAUUCUUCUUAAUUGCCAAAUAACACCAUCCAUCAUUUUCAGCCAUUUAAGUCACUGACGUAACCCUGUACUUCUAUUGAAAGUUUAUUAUGAACUAUGACUUUAAGAUAAAGUUUUAAACUUAGCAAAGAGAUACGUACUCUGAGAUGGACCAUUGCUAAUCUCUACGUACGGUAAAAUGUUUCUAAUCGUUAAUUUUAUUUUCAAGUAACGAGUUACCUAGUAAUUGUUCCCAGUAAUGUACGGUGUACUCUUAAAUAUGCCCUACCUACCCAAUGAGAUUUGCCCCGAGGCAUGCCUCCAAGUAUCGUUCGAGGCGAGCUCAUGAGACCUACAUAUAAGAGUAGUAUGGACAUCAUCCGAGCAACGAAAUAUCAUUUUUAUGCGAGAAACAGCUGCAAUCGUUUAAGUAUAGCAGUAGAUAUGUGUAUCGAAGAGCAAGCAAUACCACGUUAGAGAAGAAAAGGAUAAUUGCCAAUAUAAUAGAAUCGCUUUUUGGUCUCAGUUCAAUCAGGACAAUCUCGCCAAUACUUUAAUGAAAUUUUUAUUAACGAAAAUAUAUAAAAUAAAAUAAUUUCGUCGUUACGUUAGCGUUUUAUCUCGCUGAUACGAGGGCGAAACGCGUGGCUCUGCUGUGCGACACUCUCGAAUACUUGAGAUCAGGUCACGAGGACAAGGAUGAUACAGUGACGGUAAAGACUGAUGAUACAAACAAAGCAGUCUCACCCUCACCGUAUCCCAUGGAAAACGAAAGAAAGACCAAAAGUGACCAUGAGGUCAGAUAAUAUCUCACUGGCAAAUAAACGAAAGGCAUCUGCUCUACUAGAACGCAACCUACUGCUAUAUGAUUAAAGACAGUAAUUUUCCGUCCGUUUUUAUGGCUUUAUAUCUACGUCACGGAGUACAAGAAAUUUAAUCAUGUCCAAUUUAUUUAUGUUCAAUUAGAAUUACCAAAAUACCUUGGUCUACCGGACUUCAUCUCAUUACGAUCUCCUGGCAAACUAUAAACAAAUUGACUUUUUAUCGUUAGCUACCUACGUCAUCGAGUUCAAGGUCGUAAUAGGGCUUAAAUUAAAGUUUAUGAUUCCUACUUUACGAAUGAAAAGAUCUGGCUGACUUCCGCUUGACUUCUGCCUGCCAUAAAUAUGGAGUAGAUCACUUCUUCAAUGCAUAUGAGACCUUGGCUAUUUUUAUAUCUUGACUAAAAAUUAUUAUUAAUGCGUUCUACGCUGUUACAAAUGUAUAUACGUAUAUAUUAGUUUAGCAGAUAUUUUACUCUUUAUUUGGUAGAACCAGUCGUAUGAAAGACAAGGAAAGAUGCGAAGCAAUUAUUACUUUCGUAUUUGUUUUCCUCGUCUUUCAUACGAUAGGUCUUACAAGAUAAAAGCUAAAUUAUCAGUCAAGCUAGUCUUUUUUCGUCAUAUAUACGUUAAUAAUUUGCUAUAAAGAAUAUCAAGACAGUGCAUCAAAAAUUAUAUGAUUCCAUUUAAGGGAACGUAUGUCACCUUCAUAUGAUCUUUAUGCACCCAUCUGUUAUAUAUAAUUAUAUAUUAUAUAUUAUAUUAUAUAUAUAAUAUUAUUAUAUUAUAUAUAUAUAUUAUAUAUUAUAUAUUAUAUGUAAAUUAAUUACACCAGAUGGUGUCCUCUUGAAAUCAUCCAUUUUUUAUUUUAACCAUUUAUUAUAUAACUGUCAGUUUACCAGUGAUUCGUAUUUAUAGAUUAAAACCGGUAUAUAUAUGAUUACAGUAAUGAAAAAUGCUCCCUUCUUCAUUUCGUAUUGUCGACAGCAAUUAGUUUCACUUCGAAGUCAGAACGGAUACUAGUUGUAUGUAGGCUUCAUGAGUCCCAGAGCAGGUCUCAUGAGACCCUGCUCGCUUCGCAUAUUAGACCGAGGAAAAUCCCAUUGGGUAGGACUCGCAAUCAUUGCAAUCGCGUUUUUUUCAAUACGAUUGCUGAUUACUGUAUAAAAUUUCCAGUAGUUCUAGUAGACAAAUAAAUCCUCGAGAUUCUAUAUGCUUAACAGUGCGUUCUCUGAAUUCCACCGUCUUAUCCGUCACACCAAUCGGCAUUUAUCCUGGAUUCAAGAUUUCACGUAAUCAGAUAUUACACAAUCUUUCUUUCUAAAAUAGAUUACAAUCUAUAUGUGUGUUUCAAUUGUCCUGUUCUUCGAAGAAGAAGAAAAUACGAUUUCACGUACCUCGUUCUUCAUCUUAACUUCCUUUCAAUUUGUCAGAUCUCGAUUGGGGUUAGGUUGGGGUUAGGUUAUAGAAAUAGCUUCGUGGUUUCAGGUUAUGCAAUUCGAUGUUUCGACGACAAAGUUUUGGUACACGAAUAUGUAGGAUUUUCCUGAAAUUCCCGAGAAAUUGUAUCAUUCUCAGGAAAAAAGGUUUGCUGGGCUGCGCGAGAUUUGCGUUUUCGUUGAAACGACACGGCCACAUGGAGAGCAGGUCUUUUUGAUGUCCUUUCUAGCAAGAUGAAAGGAAAGUCGAACGAAAACACUCUUUUUUCACGAACCAACGGUCGCUUGGACUCGAGUGCCAUUAUGAAAGUGCAUUUAACGAAAAAGAAGCAACAAUGGCGACUAUUACGAGGAUCCAUCUGUAGCGUAAUCUUUUUUUGCCGCGCCAUAAUUUGUCGCAUCUUCUUUAUGGGAAUUAUAAUUUCAAUUUAAAGGUGACGAUUUCCUUUCUUCCUGUUUUUUGGUUCCGAUUUUCUUUCUUCUCAUCGAAGAAGUAGCACGUUUUUCACCGAUAAAAUGAUCGAUCGUUGUUUGCAAAAACCAAGAUAAAUCAAUCAGCUUUCUGUUCUAACUCAUCGCCUUCCUGUUUUGUCGUUUAGUGUCACCGUUCAGAUAACGUAUAACCAUCGGUAUAUAUGUUUUCUGAUAUAACUCAAUGUUUAUCGUAUUUAUCAUAUUUUUCAUAAAAACGGAGUGAAAAAUUCAAAACGAAGCGUAUAUAAAAGUGGAUAUAAAAAUGGCAAUAACGUUUAUUUACAGAUAUUGGUCGAUAUCAAGCGAACGAUGGGAUGUUCUUUAAAAUUUGUAAAAAUUUGAUGCAGCAUUGUAAAAACUUAUUUCGUAAGGAUUGAUAUCUAAAAAUCGGGAAAUAUAGGAUCAUAUUUGCUAUCUAUUUUUGUUAGUCUAAUAUAUAAUAGUUACUAGUUAGUUAGUUUGAUUAUUAUUACUUUAUAAAGUUCGAUUCUCCAUAUUCCUGUUUCCUCCUUCCAGAUUCCUCGCUAUUAAAUAACUAAAUCAAAAAAAAUUCUUUAUUCCUUUCUGACUUCACUAUGAACGUGUCGUUUUGAUAUGCAUACAAAAAUUUCUAGAAACUUGCCCGGAGGUUGUUGAAAAUGCUUCGUAAAUAUCGAAGAGUUUUCAUCAAAGACACAUCACAAAGAAGUAUAUGUCGUACUUACAGUGUUAAUUCGAGGAUUAAUAAAACAAACAUCUAAUUCCUGUGAGGGAAAAUACGCGUUCUAUAAAUUUUAGAGGUUAUAGUUAAGCGAUAUCGGGAAUUCGAUUCAUGGGCGUGUACAACGUUGCAAGCUUUUCCACGUUAUUCUACUCGUAUCUAUUUAUUUGUAUACGAUUUUACGAAUGUUGUGUCAAAUUUUCGAUCGUUAUCUCUCUUGUAGAGAUACAGAUUUUUAUACUUUUUGGAAUGAAUUAGAGAAUAGAGCUCUUAAACGAGCAUGUCCAACCCAGUGAUAAAUUGACACGGUACAUAAUAAUUGUGUGAUAAACACGAUAUGACUCACGCGCGAAACAUUUCAUUUCUCUCUUUUUCUUUCGUUCAUCGAGAGAUAAAGUGACUUGUUGAAUUUUCUAUAUCGUUAAAACGCUAACGGAGAGAUAAUUCUCGGAUUCGUCAUCAAUUAUAUUUUUCUUUAAAACUUUAUCCGCCUAGUCAAGAGUAUACGCGGAAAUUUUUUAAUUUAAGAGAUUAAAUAACCAAUUGUCCCUUUUCAUAUAAAUAUCAUUUCUUAACCAGUUAACUGCGUUUGACGAGUAUAGACGUCGUUGCUUGUAUUUAUUUACGCACUCUACGACCUAACCUAGUGAGAGAUUUCUAGAACCAGAUUCUGCAGUUAACUGGCUAAUGUCUUAAGGAACGAUACUUGUGCUUAUUUUUACUUUUGCUUUACUUUUUCUUAAUGAAUCUAUUUUUGAUUUUUAAUUUAACAUCUGACAUCUAUCUAUCUAAUAUCUACAUAUGUAUAGGAAUUCUGAAAGCUUUGCAAUUUCCUUCGUUGAUAAUUUUUAGUUUCUAAACUUUCAAUGUUUUUAAUUUAUUCGUGCAAAAAUACGUAUGCACAAACUGUAGUAAUAUUUGUAAGACAUAUCAUAUUAUCGUAUUGUCGUGGCGCUGUUUUAAAAGCAAUAAGGAAUUUCAUUCAGCCAGAUUUAGUAGUUAAACCUUUGAAGAAAUAAAGUAAUCCGGUUUGUUAUUUUUGUACAACGAUUCAUAUCUGAGACAUGUGUCGAUUCAUUACGAUUUACCGGAUAUAUAUCAACAUACAAAUCAUAUCAAGAGUCUUGUUUAGUGUCACUAUAUAAUUGAAUAUCUUGUCCUCGAUUGCAAUUCAUUGUUUGGACUAAUAAGUAGUCGUACAGGUGUUAUUAAGCAUCCGACGAACAGCUGAAUUGUCGCCUCUUAAUUAUCGAGAAUCAGAAAUGCAAUUAUUUUGCAUUUUGUCUUGUUCUUGAUCAUUGUCGAAGAUUAAUUUUCAUCUAAAAUUUAGUUGUUCAGCGAUCAUAAUCGUUAACGUCGUGUUGUAUACAACCGAACAUUCGUAAAAAGAAUUAUUUUCAGAUAAAAAGAGCAUAAAAUGUUUUUAUUCGAAAUAGUAUCUCAACGUUCAUCAUUAUUGGCACAAUGAAGGGUAUGAAAAUCAAAGUAAUCAUCGGGCAAAAGGUUAAUUGUCGAGAAAAGUGUGUUGAGGUAUUGACUAUCAUAUUGCUAGUCAUCGAUGACUCAUUUUCCUUUUUUACUAAAUCUUUUAGAAUGAUUAAAAUAAAAAAACAAAAAUUUUCAAAUAUAGUAUAAUGUUUUGCAAGAACGAAACGUUAUAAUAUAAUAUAUUUCAAUUUAUUUCGGCUUCCAGGACAAAAUACGUAUAUAAAAUUCGCGUGGCAGUCAACGCGUUAACGAAGAUGUAGUCUCGAGGAAAGUUCGGCUAACGCGAACGACGUAAAAAUUGCCCUAAGCGUUUUGAAUGCGAAACAUGUUGACACAAGUCGACAUUUGAAACUUCCAUUGAAGGUUUCGCGGAUCAUUAAGUCUCUCGAAGGUUCUCGGAGGAAUCGUCGCGCAUAGAAGCUGACGAUGCUCGUUCUGUCCAUGGAUAGAAUCGAAACACGCGUCCGACAGAGGGAAACAAGCGUUCGAUUUACAUUGUGCCGGAUGAAUCAUCGAGGGAACACGCCAAACGACGAGAACAAUACAAAUGAAUGAAGUUGGCUCGUUCAGAUAGCACGGGAAUAUCUCGAAAACGCCCCGUCGCAUCUGGCCGUGCCGUUCUGAUGACUAAUUUUUGCUUGUUAUAAUCUGUGAUUCGACAGAAUUUAUUUGUAGGAUGCCGCGUUAAUAUCUUAUAUUCGAAGGGAAAAUCGAAAAAUUGAAAGAAAAACAUCGCUAAAUAUCUUCAAAAAAUCAUCACAAGCCCACAUUAAUUACACGCACGUUGAAAUGUGAAAUCCGAGCACAAUAUAAAACAAAGGAAAUAACGAUUCGUUGAGGUAAUUAAAUUGAGUUAUUUUCACGCUCUAAAUGCGUCAUUUCGAAGUCAGUUAUAAACCAAACUGGAAUUUCCCCAUUAUUUUGUGUAUCCGAGUGAUGCCAACUGCUCUUGCAAAACCCCAUUUCUAUGGUAUUCGCGAAUCAACAACGCCGACAACGUUCCAAGCUCUUGAACGUUUUCGCAGCACCGUUUCACACGAUCGAUUUCAAGGUCUGUGGUUUAUUCUUCGAAAAGUGGAAGCUGCGCUGGUCUCAAGGUUCUCCAAAUGCACGGCACUUGAAAACAUCCAAUACUGGUCCAAGUUAGUGAACUCGCUAUCAUUGAUCUCCAUUCACCGAAGAAAGACCAUUCCACGCUGUGUCGACUCCACGUUAUUCCAUGCUAUUCCGCAGUAAUGCCAACCUAAUCUUUGAUAAUUUCACUAUUAUGAUUUCGUCGUGAUUAAUUUCAUAUUAAUUUCAAAUACGAUUUCAGGUGACUCAUUAAAUAUCGUCUAAGAGUCAUUAAUGUCCAUAACAUGUACUUAUCGUAACCUACCAUCAUAAUAUGUAGUACUUAGUUUCAUUCCCUUACUCACACUUCAUUUUGUGAUUGACAGCUUAUGCAAUCGAUUUAUAUAAUAAGUUAAUUAAUUAUCGUGACUAGAUAUCUUACAACUAUAUUAUCGCCAAUAUGCGAUCUGCAACUUGAAAGUCACAGGUUGAUUAAAAGUACAAUUUAGUAAUUUUUCUUUAGAAAUUAAUCUUAAAAGAUCGGGGAGAAGUGGGACAGUGAUAAUAACACGAAUAAAUGAAAUUAUACGUGUAUAAUUACAAUUAAUACAAUUAAUAUCAUAAAUAAAAUAUAUGUAUCUCGCUUUUUCGUAUUUCUUAUUUCAUUGUACAGUGGGGGAAUUACGAUGGAGGAAUGUAACUUAUUCUCGACUGCGUGUCACAAUGAAUAGUGAAAUACUAAUUUCUAUUGUCAUUGGAAAAUUGGGACAAUCAUGAACAAUGCUUUACCAGUUUUUCUCUUUCUUUUUUUUUAACAAUUCCAUUGGCACGAAUUUUUUUUAUUACUCCGGAAUCGAAUUCCACGAAGUGCAACGAAAUCAAAGGAACAAAUUGAUAUUCAACGAUAGGAUUAAAUUCGUUUCGGCGAAAGCUAUCGAAAGUAUCGUGUUUAUUAUUGUGAUAUCUGCGAUUUUAUGGCAAAUUUUUAAGGUAGACGAACGAAAAUUGAUGAGCAUGCGGAGAAGAUACGACCUGAAUGAUGUCGAAAAAGGAAACACGCUCUGACUCAGAUCUAACCUAACUACUUAAUUCAAGCAUAAUUCAUACGCAUAAUUUAGACUUAAAGCGCUCUAUUUAUUUAGUUUGCGAAUUACUCAGCUUUUUGUAUAUAGAUAUCUGCCUCACGCGUUACAUUAUUUUACCCAACCUAACACACGAUAUUCAAAUCUAUUCCAUUCUAAUCCAUAAUCCAAAUAUUGGACCAAUAUACAUAUAUAUUUGCACACUUCUUCCAACUAGUUUCAACUAUUAUAAUUCAGAUAAGCAAUCUGAUAAUGAGUAUCGUGUAAAUACGCGUGCGUAUAGCUACACAUGGCGUUAAAUAUAUGGCGUUAACUAGGUAGGGAAAAUUUUUAACGUUUUUGUAUUAUAUAUUUGCUCUUCUUUACGUUCCGUUUCUAUUUUCACGUAAUUAAUCACGCGAUUACAUUAAAUGAUUAGUAACGACCACACAAAUACAGAGGAUCCAGAACUUUCGAAAUUCGUUCGGGAUCGAUAUUUCUGUCCAACGAAUAACAGUUAUACUUAUCAGUCAAUGUGAAAGUGAUACGAAACCUUUACAACUUUUUUAACUCCAAGAUGGGAGUCAAAUUAUUUUUAUCUUUUUAAUUGUGACUUGGCUGAGAUUUUCAUUUCGCGCACAUAUCAUUCACAGCUGCUAUCCAAUCGUUUUCUAUAAGAAUUUAAUAUGUACAUAUAUAAUGCAUAUAAAAAUUGAGUAUUCGUAUUUAUUUAUGCCAAAUUGGCUGUACGAUAUUCUUCGAACAGGAAAUUCGGAAUAUCGAAAACUACACAAAUUUAUCGAUUCGACGAAACAAAUUUUCGAAGCUUACAACUAUCAUGUGUAUGCAGCUUCGAAUGAUCGUACCUUCGCGAAAAUUCCACAUCUCGGAAACGUUCCUCGGAUGGCAGGUGGGUUAUAAAGCGUCCUAUUGGAUUUUCUUCAUUAACGUCAUUUUGUAAAGAGAACGAGGAGAAAACUGAAAAAUGAAAAAUCGACCAGUAGUUCGUAAGCGUGUAUGACGGAAGAAAGGUAUACUACUUAAGAGUAAGAGAGAUCCAAAAUGUGACCAAGCGGAAGCAGCUGUGAUCUGCUUAAAUAGGAUUUCCGCGCCUUAUGUAAUAUAUGUCAUCGCGAAACGUCGCUGUGUCGACGGAUAUACGUUUUAUCGAUCAAUUUGUUUUUACCUGGUGGUGCAAGGCAACUUGUAUUCAUAUGCUGCUAAUGCCAACGGAUUCGAGUGAUUUUUACUUUUUAAAGUCUUUAUACAUAUAUGCCCAUAUAAUCGAUUUUAUUUCAUUUAUACACGUUGGAUAUAUCCUACACGUAUGUAAUGUAAUUAUUAAUGUGUAAUAUCAAUACAGAUAUUAUUAAUAAUAAUAAGAGAAAAAUUAUUAAUAAUGUGUGUGAUUAAUGAUAUUAUAAGAAUAUUAUAAGAACAUAUAGAUAUGUAUGUGUGUGUAUAAAGACAUCAAAGACUUACCGUUGCUUUUACUUAAAGCGCUUUCUUUUUUGCGCCACCUGGUACAUUAUUUAAGUACGAACUCGUUAGUCUAACUAGUCAUUCGUUCACGAUGUCGUGUCAUCGCGCAUUGUAAAAGUCAUCUUUUUCCUGUGAACCGUUUUCGAUCUUACCCGGAAUUGAAUGACGCUGUGUCCGGCCAAGAUUUGAAAGUUUCAAAGGAAACGAUUCACCUGCGAGUGCGACGCCUAUGCGCUUUAUCUGCGAACAAUUUAUAUCUCGUUUUGUAAUUGAGUACGUCCGUUCCGGUCGGUAAAUUCGAAUGCAUCAAACGCAUCUCGCUGCAAGUGACUUUUAUCUUUGACUUGAUUGUCCGACGGUCAAUCAUACCAAAUUCGACACACACGGAAUUCCCGCCAGCCUUGGAAAACCUUGAAAAGUCCGCAAAAUAAAAAAUCGAUUACGGAUAUACUCUCGACUAUGAAACCAACCACCGACCUAGCCGACGCGCUUUAUUUCCAAAUAAAACAUUCCCAUGGUUGAACGUAUUAAAAGCACAGAUUCGAACGUUCAAUUAUUCGGGGCUAGUAAUUUCAAAGGCCAUUCGAAUAAAUUGGGAACGCGUUCUAUAAAAUUGCACGCAUAAUAGGCGUGUUGAAAUAUCAAACAUCGCAAAUCAAAUCUAAAUCAGGCACGAAUUCUCGUUUCUUUAAUCCGAUAUUUACCGUAAACAAAUGGAAAGAAAGGGAAGCAACGAAAGAGAUUUGCAGCGAUUAGAUCGAUCUCUCAUUUUGAAUAGUAACUUUCAUUCGAUUGUUAAUGGAUGAUCGAUUGAAUUUUCAGUUCGCGUGAAAUGAGAAUUCGGUGACGUAGCAAUAGCGAUGCAAUUCCUAAUUAUUUGUCCGAUUUGGCAAAUGUCUCCCUUUCAGAGUUCUUCGCGCACGCGCUCUCGUUUGGAUUAUCCAGCAACCGUUCGAUUUGAUCCUAUUAUCAUCAUUGACGAUAAGCCGCGUUAAGAGGAUUUCAGACCGCGUUAUUACGCGUGUGGGCGUCCAUUUUCAUUGAACAUUCACGUCGAAAAACUUCUUUAAGCGUAAUAAAAGAUAUCGUUGUACAGUGCGCUUCAUCCAAGUUCGUACGUACAUUCUUAUUUGGAUCUCACAGAUUGAAAACGUUAGGAGAACGUAAGUACGAUCGUUUUUACCGGAUUACAUUUAUUUGUAUUCGCAUGUGUGUGCGUGUGCGCGUCGCGCCGUCUACCAUAGAACUCCAUAAGUAUCCAAUUUGCGCAAGUUUACCGCCUUCGCUUGGAGAGGGGAAAAGGAGGCCUCAUGAAUAUAGGUUCGGUUCGACAUUCGUUGAGAGGCAGCAAUCGAUGAUUCAUCGACACUUUGAGCUGUGAUCCGCGGGAAAUACUGCGCUGUUAUUGGCUUAUACUACAUAUAUAGGAUCGUUUUGAUUAAAGAUCGUAAAUAUAAUAUGUAAGUAGUAACUUUAGAAUACGAUUGAAAAAUCAAUCGUGUAAUCAUUUGUCAAUAAAUUAGCAAGUAAAUACGAUCGUUGAACACGCUGCCUGUCACAGUAUACAGAAAGAUAUGAUAAAAUUAUUAUGCAUUGAUAAUCUGUGGUAUUUUUACGCAACAAGUGUUCAUUGUUGAGGAUUAAAAUCUACUUUCAGUUCCUUUUCACACUGUGAUAUCUUAAAACUUUUAAUACAUUGUCGACUGACCAGAGAGAACUCUUCUUUCUGAAAUACAUACGUAUGUUACUAUCACUGGCAUUUUCAUUUCCCCGAUUUUGCCUCACGUUGCUUCCUUCUGGUAUAGACGUAUGGUUUUAAAAUCAAUCCAAAGCAAAAUACCAUGUUUAUUAAUUAUUUUAUAAAAAUUCUGAAACGAACGAGUAUACACAUAAAAUGGCUUGCUCGGUGAUCCUUUGACUACGAUUAUAAAAUUUCAAUCCGCAAUCACAGUCGGCAAUGUUUUAACAAACAAAAAUAUAACAUAAUCAGUUUCCUUUUCUUUUUUCGUUUUAUUCCUUAACUUUCUCCAUAAUAAUCGUUCUUAUCUAACUGCUGCAUGACUGUGAGCUAAAAUAAAUCGACUAAGCGUAAAAAUUCGGCAAAUCCGCUCGAACUUUUCUUUCCAUCCAAUUCCGACGAGGCGGUAAAGCGGUACGCCACGCGUUACUAACGCUGCAUGCAUAAAUGCGAUUGCGAAAGACUGUGACGUUGUAGGAGGGUUGUUUCGAUUCGGCAGACUACAACAGUAACGUUCCGCUGUUACGUUAAUUAACACUUUCGCUGCGAUAUACGAGUCACUGGUGGUUCGUACAUUAGUGUUACCGUAAUUGUUCACUUUCAAUGAUAAUUCGCUCUACCUGAAUACACGGCGUAAUUUAUUGCUUAAGAUAGUUUCAAAUGUGGUAGGAAUAACGCGACGCUACAAAAAUUUCUUACUGUACAAAUCGAAAGACAGAUGCGUCUCCUGAAUAAUUAAACGAACUGGAUCAUGUGUAAAUGUAUUCGUAACGAACGUGUUAAAACAAAGUAGCGAACAAAAGCUAACAUGACAGCCGCUAAACAUUAGUACGUAAGAACGCGUAUUCUAUAACCACGGUGAACAAAGUGGAACUGUAAAAAGGCAAAGCUGAUAGCUCAAACGAGGAGGUGGUAAAAAGAUUGUAAGAAAUUUUGUCGCUGAUAAGAACAAAACACUCGUUACUUGUCUUAAUAAAUUUUAACGCUUCUCUAAAUCAAUAAAUAUGCAAUUUUUGUUCACCGGUACACGUAUACGCAUAAAUACACACGAAGAUCUCAUCCUGUCAAACAGAAACCGUGUACGAAAUUGUUUUUGCUUUUCCUUUUCUUUUUCCGUUUCCUUUCUUUUUCUUUUUUUUUUUUUUUUAAUCUACAAAUGUUCCUUUCCAAAUUUAAAGGUCAAAGUUUCAGGAUCGAGUUGGCCCUCUCCUCAUUUCCAAACGAACUUCUUUGCGUAGCUUUGUAAAUAACGAUUCCUAGAUAAGAGAAACGUUGCAUUAUCACUCUAGGUGCGUAUAAUUCCGCAAAAUUAAUUCCUUAAUUUCUUUACUGCCAAAUAAUAAGUGGUUGAAACGCUACAAUCGAACGUUGUACAACUCUGUCGACGAAAUCGAUAGCCUGAGGUAAUAUUUGAUAGCAAUAUAUGUAUCUACCGUUCGUUGGUGGAGCCUGAAACGUAAAUAUAUCAAUGGGGUUGUGUGCGUGUGAAUAUGAGUGUAGUGUUCGGGGUGCACAUGCGUGUAUGUACACGUAUGUACGUGCGAUAUUUGUAUGUAAAAAGAAUUAGGCGGACGUUCGUGUAUUCUACAACGGUCUACACUCAUGUGAUCUGGAUAUCAGCGAGUUAAUAUCAUCUUCGUCGAUAAUCGUUGGAACAUUUCAAGUUUCGUAUUCGUAAUUAAGAUUUAUUAAACUUUGCUUUGUUCUUAACAUCGACGUUGUUUUUGGAGAAAUUUUAUUUAGCGCCACAUAUUUACGUAUGUAUUCGUAUCUUCAGAUUUUGUCAGUCGUUUCAAUCAUCGCCGAAAUUACGUACAAGAAAUUCACGCGUGCCUAUUUUCCCAACACGAAUGUUCGCCGAGAUCGAAUCUGCACCAUUUUCUGCGCACUUCUGUACAAUAUUUUUCCGCGAUUUUUGCCGCACGAAUCGUACUGUGACAGAGAGAUGCGGACAAAGAAGAGAUUAAUAAUGAACCGAAUGAUGCGUUUCGACGAACUAUCGCUAUCUUUUUCUAAAACUUUGACAAGCUGCAACAAUCGCGCGCGAUUUUUUUAGGCGUCAAUUGUGGAGGGAUGAGUUUGAAAAAACAUAUAAAGAGGAAGAUGGAACGAUAGCAAGAAAAAAACGAACAAUUGUUACUUGCUGUAACUUUUUGUGUAACGCGAAACAUUGCCAAUUAUAGUUUAUAAUAAUUUAAUCCAAUGUGUACUAGGCGGGUUCGAAGUUGUUUAUCAUUUUACUGUGUUUCUCGGUCAUUGUAAAAUGACUCUACGAGUCCGCCCGUGUUCAAGAGAUGAUAUAUAUGUAUAUACAUAUGUAUUUACCUAUGUAUAUAUGUAUAAUAUACAUAUAUAUAUAUCGUUAAAUAAUAAUAAUACGUUCAACAGAAUACGUUCAACUGUACAUGUUUAUUAAAGUACCUGAAUGGAAACCAG